GUAAGCAGGUGUCAGAACAGGUGAAGAGAACAGGUCAGAACAGGUGAAGCUUGGAACGAAAGAAUGCUGGAUUUUUCUGAAGGAAGAAAGAAGUUUGUUUGUAAGAACACAACGUGGAGGCUAUAUUUGCUUCUACUACUUUGUACAGUAUGUUUUGGAGAAGACCCUGACCUUAUAAAAUGUCGUCUAGAACCUCCAAACCGAUUUGACUGUGCUCCAGAAAAGACUUUAAACCAAGAUGAAUGUGAAGCGCGUGGGUGCUGUUAUAUUAAAGAACCAGAACAUGAACAACCCUCAUGUUUUUUCCCUGUCAACUACCCAAGCUACAAAGCAGUCAACUUUACCCACACCGCAAAUGGAUAUUCUUUAUCACUUGUACGCACUACCAAAACUUUCAUGCCCAACGAUUUAAUGCUUCUGCAGCUUGAUGUUUUCUUCGAGACAGAUGACAGAAUGCAUUUCACUAUUAAGGAUCCUGCUAAAAAACGCUAUGAAGUUCCUAUUGAAAGACUGGGGUCGCAGGCUAAAAGUCUACCUACUAAUAUGCAGUAUGAUGUCAAAGUCAUCGCUGAUCCUUUUGGCUUGAGCAUCAGUCGGAAGAGUAAUGGGCAAAUCUUGUUAGAUACUACUGUGGCUCCAUUACUGUUUGCAGACCAGUUUAUUCAGAUGUCCACCCAUCUUUCUUCAAAAUAUAUAUAUGGACUGGGUGAACAUCUUACAUCAAUCAACCUGGAUCUUAACUGGAAAACCUUAACAUAUUGGAACAGAGACUUGAUACCUCGGAAAGAUGCGAACCUCUAUGGCACUCAUCCUUUCUAUGUUGCAAUGGAAAAUGAUGGGUUAGCUCAUGGUGUGUUUCUGCUCAACAGCAAUGCCAUGGAUAUCAUACUGCAGCCUGCUCCUGCCUUGACAUGGAGAACUACAGGAGGGAUUUUGGAUUUUUAUGUCUUUUUGGGUCCUGAGCCUCAAACAGUUCUCAAGCAAUACCAGGAGGUGGUUGGGCUUCCAUUUAUGCCUCCAUUUUGGGGCCUUGGAUUUCACCUCUGCCGCUGGGGGUACGCCACUUCCGACAUGACCCGAGAAGCCGUAAAAAAAAUGAAGGAAGCUAAAAUUCCUCUGGAGGUGCAAUGGAAUGACAUUGAUUAUAUGCACGCAUACCUAGAUUUCACUUAUGACCCAGACCGCUUUGGAGAUAUGCCAGAAAUGGUGAAUGAGUUCCAUCAAGAUGGAAUGAAGUACAUCUUAAUUGUGGAACCAGCUAUUGGCCUUACUAGCCCCAAAGGAAGUUAUCAACCUUAUGAAGAUGGACUGAAGAGAGGAGUUUAUGUCACUAAUGCAGAUGGCAAGCCACUUGUAGGCAAGGUUUGGCCGGGACCAACAGUGUUUGUUGACUUCACAAACCCAGAAGCACAUAAAUGGUGGUAUGAUAUGCUGAAGGAGUUUCAUGAUAAGGUGCCGUUUGAUGGAAUGUGGAUUGAUAUGAACGAACCAGCGAACAAUGUACAUGGAUCUGUAGAUGGCUGUCCGGAUGAUACACUAGAAAAUCCUCCAUAUGUCCCUAAGGUGGUAGGAGGUGUACUUCGAGAUACUACAAUCUGUGCCUCCAGCCAUCAACAUCUCUCAUCACACUACAACCUUCAUAAUAUGUAUGGGUUCUUUGAAGCCAUAGCAUCUCAUGAUGCUCUGAUAAGAAUUAGAGGAAAACGUCCCUUUGUGAUUUCUCGAUCCACGUUCGCCAGUCAUGGUCGAUAUGCAGGUCAUUGGACAGGGGAUGUAGAGAGCACCUGGGAACAGCUGUAUUACUCUAUACCUGCUAUACUACUGUUUAAUAUGUAUGGGGUUCCUUUAGUUGGAGCAGAUCUUUGUGGAUUUGUGGGUAAUGUAACAGAAGAACUUUGUGUGCGCUGGAGUCAGGUCGGUGCAUUUUAUCCAUUUAUGAGGAACCACAACACACUUUAUGCAACGGCACACGAGCCAUUUGCCUUUUGUAAAGAAUCUGUAAACGCCAUCAGAGCGGCUGUGUUAAAGCGUUACAUGAUGCUUCCCUAUCUGUACACUUUGUUCCACAAGGCUCACAUUUCAGGAGAUACUGUGGCAAGAGCACUUUUUGUAGAGUUUCCAUCUGACAGAAAUACCUGGACAAUUGAUCGCCAAUUUCUUUGGGGAGAAGCUUUAUAUAUCACUCCUGUCUUGGAAGAGGGGAAAACUGAAGUAAACGGAUAUUUUCCUGCUGGGGUGUGGUAUGAUCUGGUUUCGGGUGCUGGAUUUGAAAGUAAAGGAGAAUGGUUUACUCUUCCAGCACCUCUAGACACUAUAAAUUUGCACAUUAGAGGUGGCUACAUUAUACCGGCACAGGAGCCUGGAAUGACCACAAAAGAAUCACGAAAGAACAGUCUAUACCUCCUAGUAGCACUUACAGCAAGUGGAUUUUCCAAAGGGGACCUAUACUGGGAUGACGGAGACAGUUUAGACACAUAUCAGAAGGGAGAUUAUAGCAUGAUUCUCUUCAAGGCACAUAAUAAUGUUCUUCAGAAUGAGGUGAUGCAAAUAAAACCUGAAGCUGCAAAUCUGAAGCUAGAUUUUGUACAAGUGUUUGGUGUAAAGGCUACCCCUUCAAAAGUUCUGGUUAACGGUGUUGUCAGUGAGAAUUUCAAGUACUUGCCAGAAACCAAGCUUCUGAAUAUUGAGAAGCUUGCUCUACCAAUUGGAAAAAAGUUUGAAAUCAAAUGGUCUUAAGCUUGAAGAGGUGUCUGCAGCUAUGGAACAACUUCUUGGUGCUGGAUCUACAGGGUGUAGCAAAAGUCUGGAUUUUAAUUAGGAGGGAGGCUGCAUUAUGUGAUGAUAGGAAAUGUUUUCGGUUGCCAUUUUGAAAUCCGGCAUAUUGAAUUCAGAUCAGGUUUUUCAGGUGAGCGUAUGGCUCAUCUGAAAUGGCGCAUCCUACAGUGCUGUGAAGAGUGUUCAUGAAGAUUGGAUGCCAUUUUUAACCAUGUGCAUC